ACAAAUUACUACGCCGCCCUCCUCCUCCGCACCGGCGUCUCUCCCUCCCACGCCCACCUGCUCAAGCGGCUCCACUGCCGCGUCCUUAAGGCGCUCUCCCCCUUCCCCUCCCCCUUCCUCCCCAACGCCCUCAUCUCCGCCUACGCCCGCGCCCUCUCCCCCGCCUACGCCCGCCGCGUGUUCGACCAAAUUCCCCACCCGAACCUCCACUCCUGGAACGCCCUCCUCUCCGCCCUCUCCCGCUCCUCCGCCCUCCUCCCCGCCCUCUCCGCCGCCUUCCUCUCCAUGCCCUCCCUCAGCGCCAUGUCCCGGGACUCCACCGUCGCCCCCUCCCGCGUCACCUUCUCCACCAUGCUCGUCCUCUCCACCUCCCGCUUGGGCCCCCGCUUCGGCCGCCAGAUCCAUUGCCGAAUUCUCCGCUCCGGGCUCGCGUCCUGCGUCUUCGUCGCGAGCCCGCUCGUCGACAUGUACUCCAAGUCCGGACUCGCCGACGAGGCGAAGAGAGCCUUCGACGAGAUCGGGGAGAGGAACGUGGUCGCAUACAAUACCAUGAUCACGGGCUUGCUCCGGUGCGGCGCGGUCGGGGACGCGAAGCAGCUGUUCGACGAAAUGCCUGAGAGGGACUCGGUUUCAUGGACCGCGGUGGUCGCGGGGCUCGCGCAGAACGGGUUGGAAUCGGAGGCGGUCGAUGUGUUCGGGAGGAUGCGAGCCGCGGGCGUCGGCAUCGAUCAGUACACUUUCGGGAGCGUUCUCGCUGCCUGCGGCGGCCUCUCGGCAUUGGACCGAGGGAAGCAGAUUCAUGCUUAUAUAAUUAGGACCCACUAUCAAGAUAACAUUUUUGUCGGCAGCGCUCUUGUCGAUAUGUACUCAAAGUGCAGGUGCGUUGGGCCAGCAGAAUCAGUUUUUAGGAAGAUGCCGCGUAAGAACAUAGUGUCGUGGACGGCGAUGCUCGUUGGGUACGGGCAAAACGGGUGUAACGAGGAAGCUUUGAGGACCUUCUGUGAAAUGGAACAUAACGGCAUCGAGCCGGAUGAUUUCACCCUAGGGAGCGUAAUUAGCUCCUGCGCCAACUUAGCGAGUCUAGAGGAGGGCACGCAGUUCCACUGUCGAGCGCUUGUCUCGGGGUUGAUAUCGUACCUUACUGUGUCCAAUGCAAUCGUCACCUUGUAUGGUAAGUGCGGGAGCAUCGAGGACUCGCACCGCCUGUUCGACGACAUGCGUAUAAGGGAUCAGGUCUCGUGGACCGCGCUGGUCUCGGGGUAUGCCCAAUUUGGGAAGGCGAAAGAAACUGUAGAGUUGUUCGAAGACAUGUUGGCUAAUAAUGUGAAGCCCGAUGGGGUCACGUUUAUCGGCGUCCUUUCUGCUUGUAGUCGAGCCGGGCUGGUGGAGAAAGGGCGUAGUUACUUCGAUUCCAUGGUGAAAGACCAUGGUAUCGUCCCGAUAACCGAUCACUAUACUUGUAUGAUCGAUUUGUUUAGCAGAGCGGGGAGGUUAAACGAGGCCGAGGAAUUUAUAAAGGGAAUGCCGUGCCAACCCGACGCAAUUGGAUGGGCAACAUUGUUAAGUUCAUGCAGACUUCGGGGCAAUAUAGAAAUUGGGAAAUGGGCCGCCGAGAACCUCUUAGAAACCGACCCACAAAACCCCGCGAGCUAUGUAUUACUAUCCAGUAUGUAUGCUGCUAAAGGCCAAUGGGACGAGGUAUCCCGGUUGCGGCGAGGAAUGAGAGAUAGGAGGGUAAAGAAGGAGCCCGGAUGUAGCUGGAUUAAGUAUAAGAAUGAAGUUCACAUUUUUUCAGCUGAUGAUCAGUCCCACCCCUAUUCAAAGAGGAUAUUAGAGGAAUUAGAUAAGCUUAUGGAUAAGAUGAUCGAAGAAGGAUAUAAGCCUGAUAUGAGCUCCGUGUUGCAUGAUGUAGGGGAAGCAGAGAAGAUACAAAUGCUUGGUCACCAUAGCGAGAAGCUCGCGAUAGCUUUUGGAUUGGUUUUUAUCCCAAAGGGAAUGCCAAUAAGGGUAGUUAAGAACCUGCGUGUAUGCGGUGAUUGUCACAACGCGACUAAGUUCAUUUCGAAGAUAUCUGGACGGGAUAUUCUUGUUAGGGAUUCUGUUAGGUUUCACAAGUUCAGUAAUGGGGAGUGCUCUUGUGGGGACUUCUGGUAAUGGCUAAUGCUUUUGAAGGGUUGAACCAAAUUUGGUACGGUAAAGAUUCUUGGAUUCUUCUCAAUUUUUUUCGGUGCUUAUCUCUGAAGAGAUAACUUCUACAUGUUGGUCAUUUGGAUUCCUGUAACGGGCUUUUGAAUUUGAAGCAUCAUCAAGAUUCAAAUCCAGAGAAGAGUUGGAACUUUAUAGAUGCUGUUUCUUGAAGGAAGAACAGAGAUUAAAUCGAAAGGAGCAUUUGAGAUAGCUUGAACUGCUAUGCUUCUGGGAUGUUUCAGUGAUACACCGUAACAUACCUCAACUACUGCGAUGAUAAGUUCUUUCAGUGGUAGAUUCUGGAGCUAAAUUUUAUACACUGCGUUUUUGUUUGAGAAACUGAUCUUUUAACCCCCACAUUGUUGUCUUUAAAGAAGAGAAAUACCUCAGUAAAAUGAAGAAAAUCCAGUUUACGAGAAAGAAAAAUUUGUUCAGGCCAGUGUUUCUAGAAAUAUGUUCUUGGUCAUAUCUCAUAACCUGAAAAUGUGGUGCUUUCAUUGUGCAGGCAAGUUAUUCAUGUUGAUCUGUUGGAGCUAUGUGUUUUUUGUAUAAUGAUUCAGGGGCAUUUUGGCAGCUGCAGAUUGGAAAGAUCCAAUUUAAUGGCCAGAACAAGUGAAGGACCAGAGUUGGGGUCGCAAGCAUUGAGCUCUGUAAGAUUCUGUCCAUUGAAUGUGGUCAAGUGACUCAUAUGGGAGAUUUUUUUUCUUGCAGAUAUAUACACUUGAUUUAUUGUGCAUAGUUCUCUGCUCUUUGAUCAGACAAUCGACUUCAAACAGGCAAAGCUAUGUGAUUUCUUUCUUUUAUUUCAUUGAUUGUGGAGUGAACCAGCUGCGAAUAUUCACAGUUUUAAAGAGUCAAACGAGAGACCUCAAUAAUUGGAUAGGAAGUUGAUUGACCAGCUUGAAGACUGCUGCAAAAAGGGAUAUUUUAUAAUAUUAUGUUCUUCUGAUUCUUGCAGAAGAGCCAAGGUUCCAACAUAGACAUUGAGGAAGUUGCAGUUCCCAUGAAGGUUGGGGAAACUUUUGAAUGCCUUGUUUGAAUUAUGAACAUUACUCAGUAUCAAGUUUGUUAAACCAACAUCUUUGCUGGUAGGCUGGCAAUAAGCAAUUUAGUCGUGGGAGGAAACAUCGUCCAAAUUUUGUUACUGAUUAGAGCUAUAGAGUUUCAGAAAUCAGGAGUAAAACCCUGGCAGAAUUAAGUUCAAUCUGUAUUCUUUGUAGAAGUCGGGGCUACGGUAUGAUCAACUAUUUAGCUUUUGUGUCAGGCAAAAGAAUUGAAAAGAACGGAGUUGCUAGUUCAACUGCAGAAGUGAUACGGCGUAUAUAUCUUUUGGUAAAAACGUACAGAAUUACCUGACCUAUAUUGGGUUUCGAAAGGAGGUAUCUGAACUAACUUACAGAAAUCUUGUUUUUACCUCCUAACCUUUCAUUACUUUUGUUUUUUUUAGAAUUUUUGGCCAACUGCUAUUAGGACCUUACAGGGUUCUUGUUCAGAAGUCUAUGAAAUAUUCAAUCAAGUACAAAUAUUCUCUGAAAAAUGUUCUAAAUGCUGUUCAGUUUUAACGGAUAGCUACUUAAAUUAAUAUAUACAACAACAUUAUUUGACAAUUCCAGUUUUGUCUUUAUCCUUUACGAAAAUAUGGCAUCUUUUGUUACAUGGUGUGAUUUAGAGGGGGGUGUAUUAAGCUAUAGUUUUGAAGCAUAUGUUAUUUUUUGAGAACUCAUUGGCAUCAGAAAGAGGAGAGAAGACAUUCAAAUGUCAAUUGAAACAUUGUAAUUUAUGGUACAAAUGGAUCUUUCUUUUUUUUUUUUUAUUGUAUUUUUGAGCUCAUGCUUUUGUUUAGUGUACUGGAUUUGUGGCCUAUAGGAAAGUUGUUUAUUGUGGAUCCCAGAAAUUUUUUGUAAAUAGGUUGUUUCCCAAGUUUAUAAUUGUGAUUCUAUGCUUCAAAGUUUUGA